AGCCCAGACCUACCCCUCUCUGCAUAGGAGCUGGAAUCCAUGUCAACCAGAGGAGAGAAAGCAAACUUUUUCACUGCCCUUUAUAGGAACUGUAGGCUUAGCCUACCAAAUGCCUUUAACCAAGCAGAAUUUCAGUGAGGUGCUUCUACUACCACCCGAGGUGGACAAUGCCAUGCAAGACAGCAUCAGAGAGAAGGACAACUCUUUCUUAGCUGGGGAAGAUGCCUUUGGAUCAGCGGAGCCUGUCAAGAAGCCGACGGGCAGGCUGGUUAUGCACAGCAUGGCCAUGUUUGGCCGGGAGUUCUGCUAUGCGGUGGAGGCUGCCUUCGUUACUCCGGUGUUGCUCAGUGUGGGGCUCCCCAAGCACCUCUACAGCCUGGUGUGGCUCAUCAGUCCCAUCCUGGGCUUUGUGCUGCAGCCUGUGGUGGGAUCAGCCAGUGACCACUGCACUUCGGGCUGGGGAAAGCGGCGACCUUACAUUCUGGCUCUGGGAGUCAUGAUGCUCCUGGGCAUGGCUCUGUACCUUAAUGGGGAUAUGGUGAUCUCAGCUGUGACCACCAAGAGAGGCCAGCAACAACAGACCUGGGCCAUAGUCAUUACCAUGUUGGGUGUGGUACUCUUCGAUUUUGCAGCUGACUUUAUUGAUGGCCCCAUCAAAGCUUAUUUAUUUGAUGUUUGCUCUCAUCAGGAUAAAGAGAAGGGUCUUCAUUACCAUGCCCUCCUCACAGGUCUUGGAGGAGCCCUGGGUUACCUUACAGGUGCUAUAGACUGGGCACAUACUAUACUAGGAAGAUUUUUGGGAUCAGAAUUCCAAGUGAUAUUCUUCAUUGCUGCUUUAGUUUUCCUCAUCUGUCUUACUGUACAUUUGUGUAGUAUCCCUGAAGCCCCUCUCAGAGAUGCCAAUGCAGAAACCAAGUUAUUGCUGAAGCUGGAUGAGCCCUAUGAAUAUGGUUCCAUUGUGAAAGUCAAGAAUAGUUACUUAGAAUCAGGAUAUGCUGAAAUAAGGACCUUGCCUGAUUUGGGAAAAUCCACUGAAAUGCCACAUACUGAGGUUCAGAGACGGAUGACCAUUAAGUCUCUCCUGAAGGCACUUUUAAGCAUGCCGUCCCACUAUCGCUGCCUGUGUGUGAGCCACCUCAUCGGUUGGACAGCCUUCCUGUCCAACAUGCUUUUCUUCACUGAUUUCAUGGGGCAGAUUGUAUACCACGGUGAUCCUUAUGCACCUCACAACUCCACAGCUUACCUGACCUAUGAAAGAGGAGUAGAGAUUGGAUGCUGGGGCAUGUGCAUCAAUGCAGUUUCAUCAUCACUCUAUUCCUAUCUACAGAAAGCCCUGCUGCCUUACAUCAGAUUAAAAGGACUUUAUUUCAUUGGAUACCUGCUUUUUGGACUAGGCACUGGGUUCAUUGGACUGUUUCCCAGAGUACAUUCUACUCUGGCUCUGUGCUCCCUCUUUGGUGUCAUGUCCAGCACACUGUACACUGUGCCGUUCAAUCUCAUUGCAGAAUAUCACAGGGAGGAAGAGCUUGAGACCAUUGCUGCUUCUGUCAUCUGCCACCCCUGGGACCAAUUUAGCUCCAUCCUUUUUGGAACCACCCUUCAGAGUCAGAAGCAGCAGCAUAAAGGAAAAGCAGAAGACCCUGGGCGAGGGAAAGGAAUUGACUGUGCUGCACUUACCUGCAUGGUGCAGCUGGCACAGAUCAUUGUUGGAGUGGGCCUAGGAUUCUUGGUCAGUGCUGCUGGCAGUGUUGUAGUGGUCGUGAUUUCCGCAUCGGCUGUGUCAUUGAUAGGCUGUUGCUUUGUUGCUUUGUUUGUACGAUACGUGGAAUAGAACAACACAUGGAUGAUGAAAUAAAUCACUACAGGGGCAAAUUUCCUCUCCUGAUCUGUAUAUUAUGUGGUGCUGUUUUCAUACUGGUCUUUCCUGAGUGUUCCCUCCCUUUUUUAUUCAUGUGAUGUAAUUACAAUCCCAGGGAGUUAUUUAUUCACUAAGUAGAGAUUCUUGAUACAACUAAUUGCCUAACUUUUCAAGUUGAAGGCUUGUCUGUUCUAACUGCUUUGUUGCUUCCCUUCCUUUGGUCAAAAUGUGUUAGUAUGCUAAGCCACUUUUGUACACAGCAGUAGGGCUGAAUGAAGCUUUGGUCCCUGAUUCAACUUGGCAGAGAUUCAGCCUGAUUCGGUGGCUGAAUCUCCGAAUCUGGAUUGAAUCAGAGGACCCUUUAAUCUCUCUGAAGCAAAUUGGAACCCUCUGAAUUGAUUCAGACAUAGACGCAGCUUUAAAUGGUUUUUUUUCUACUUACCUCUAGGUAGCAGGCAGCUCAUGAGUGCUGCAAUGCUGGGGCAGAUAAAGGGUCUCACAGGAGCAGGGUGGGGGGGUCCUCCAGUAUCAGUAAAUGGGAAAAUGGGAUGAAUAAAACAUGGUAACUAACUACUAGGGCUGUGCAAUAUUUCAACCGGUGUUUUGUUUUGAAGUUGUUUCAAUGCGUUUUGAGCUUGAAACAGUAAAAUCGAAAUGAAACAAAAGGCUUUGAAACAGCUUUGAAAUGAAAUGAGGGCACUCGAAAUGUUUUGAAACUUUCAAAAUGUUUUGCGUUUCAAAGCAGCCCGGUGGCGGGAAUCAGGGGAGAGCCAGGGCUGCGCUCUGAGUGGCUCUGCCAGUCCCACAGAGCUCCUGGCAGCGGGAAAGCCAGUGGUGGAGCCACUUGGAGCGCAGCCCGGGCUCCAGGUGCAGCCCUGGCAAGCACAGCCUGGCGGCAGGAAGCUCUGCAGCCCCAUGGAGCUGAGCCUGGCAGUGGAGAGCCAGUGGCGGAGCUGCUCGGAGCCCUGGCCAGUGGGUCUCCCCUGCCUCCUGCUGCCAGGCUCAGCUCCGUGGGCCUGUGGAGCCUCACCCCGCCGGGCUGCACUCACCAGGGCUGUGCUUCGAGCUGCUCCAGCACUGGCUCUCCUGCUACCUCACGCCACCAGGCUAAGCUCCAUGGGGCUAGUGGAGCCGCUCGGAGUGCAGCCUGGCGGCGGGAGGUGAGGAGAGCCAGGGUUGCACUUUGAGCAGCUCUGCCAGCCCCAUGGAGCUCAACCUGGCCUCCCAGUGCUGCCGGACUCCUCCCAGGGGUGCGGCCCCCAGACCUGCACAUGGGCUAACGAGAGUGCCACUGCUGCCUGGGGCCAGUGGCAGCAGCAGUCUUCCUGGUGCUGGGCGUGGGCUAUGCUCAGCGCCAAUCCCAGGCGGUAGCUACAGCCUCCUGUCGUCCUGCAUGAAGAUCCGGGGGCCUGCACCCUGGGAGGAGUCCGGCACAGCUCUCCCAGGGGCACAGGCCCCCAGAUCUGCACGCGGGAUGACAGGAAGCUGCUGCUGCCGGCAAGUGACAUGAGUUUUGCUUUUAGCAGUUUGAGGUGCAGUUUCCUAGAAACUCCUGCACCUGUCUCCUUGAAACUUGGCAGGCUUCAUGCCCUCAGAAGGAGCUACCAUCCUCACAAUUUUUGUGUGAAUCAAGCAAGAAGUGACAAAGUUAUAGCAUGUUCAUGAUUCCCCAUUAUAGCCAAUGGGCAAAACAUUGAAACACAUUGAAACAGUUUUGAUGAAAUGAAAUGGAGCAGUGCUUCGAAAUGAAAUGAAAUGAUGACAACAAAACACUGUCCGUUCGAAACGGCAAAAUGCAAGUUGAAACAAAAUGGUGCUGUUUCACACAACCCUACUAACUACUCCUCUGCCUGCCCUUACACUGCAGCAAGUGAAAAGUAAACCAGGGCAACUUAUCCUUGACUCAUUCAGGGAUAACCUGCCCCAGUUUAGCUCUCACAUGGAGUAAGAGCAGGCAGACAGACAGUAACUGCAUGUCAGUCUCUCUAUGGUAAGUUGCUGCUCCCUGUUAACUCAAUGCAAUUGUAUUGUUUGUGCAUACCCUAAAGUUUUCAAGAAUGUUUAGCCAGACAUAGUUUAGCAUCUAUAUAGAGAGCUUAUGAGAAGCUUCUUGCAAUUCCCAUUUUGAAAGUAUGGGCUCUUGUUUAAUUUCCUAAAUAAACUCAAACUUUAGGCACUUUUUAAAAAAAAAUCUUGACCAAAAAUUCUAAAAUUUGUGAGCAACUUAAAACACUCAAGCUGAGUGCUACAGCAUUUACCAUAAUUGAAUAAUUUAAUCUCUGUUUUCUCUCCCCUUCUGCCCUUCAUAAAGGAUCAAACUUUGAUUGAAUUAUUCUUGCUCCUUUCACAGCCUGUUACAGAAUAUUUUGGUGAACUAAUUCCAUUCAGCAAAACAUUAUCAUAAAUUGUACUGGCUGCACACAUUAAACCAAUCUACUAAAUUCUGAAGGCAAACCAGUACAUAUGUAACUACAGAGUUUGUAUUCUUACUUUUAUUAUGAUGCUAGAGUUCUUUACAUGGAGUGGAUCCUGAGUCAUUCCAUCCAGAGUCUAGUAAGCUCUACUGAAAUUUCAAAAGGGACCUUAUGGAUUAAGAGUAAAGAGUGGGGGAGACAGAUUCUGCAUUUCUUCCUAACUGGAGUCACUUGAAGAGCCAUGGCUCAUAAGAAGCACAAAACCAGCCCUGUUAAUCAUGGUUAAAGCAUAUUAAAAUAGUUCAUUUUACUACUUGUUUCCAAAAUACUCUAUUUGUUUUUGGAAGAGAAGUAUUAUUUGUAUUAUGCCUUUCAUAUCCAAUUGCUUUGUUAACUGUUAAGCCAUGGCUGCUCCUGAGGUACUAUUAUGUAAUGAGUGGUGACAGAAAUGUGUGUAUGUUUUUAAUCAGCACUGUUCAAUCAAACAUGGCGUCUAAUGUAUCAGAUAAUGAAGUACCUGCCUGCCCUAA